AUGGAGGAACUGAGCAUCAAUGAUUUGCCAGAUGAUUUGAUCUUGAAGAUAUUCUCAUCGCUUCCGUUUUUCAAAGAGAACGUUGCAACACAUCUCUUAACAAAACGCUGGGAGGAUCCAUGGAAACUUGUGCCGGAUUUCAUGUUUGAUGAUAGUGAUAAUACAUGUGGGAGUUUUGUGAGAAUUAUGAGUUUUGUUUACGGAUCUUUGUUGUUUGACAAGUCCCAAACUCUAGAGAGGUUUCAUCUCAAGAUUAACUGUGACCAUUCAGCUUCAGACAUCAACUUUUUGGUUAAACUUGCGGUUAACCGGUCAGUGAGAAAGCUGAGGUUCCAGACGUUUGGAAAAACCCUAGAUUUGCCUAGUUGCUUGAGUACUUGCGUGACCCUAAAGUCAUUGAUACUACACGAAGUAAGGAUCAAGGUUGUUCCUUCUUGCUUUCGUUUGCCAUCACUCAAGAGUCUUCACCUUUUCUCGGUCAAGUUCUCAGGCUUCGAGACUCUUAAAAGUUUCUUACAAUCGUGCCCGGAUCUUGAAUACUUGGUUGUAAAGAACGUGUUGUUCAAGACUGUUCUGCCUAGGUUUCUUCUGUCGUCACUCAAAAGCAUGCAACUUCUUUCGUGUAGUUUCUGGAAAAACGAAUCCGUUGCAAGUCUUUUGAGAAUCUGUCCUGUUCUUGAACAUUUGGUUGUGAACCAAACCCAAAUGUUCAGUAGUAAUGUGACUACUUCGAUCACAUGCAGAGCCCUAAAAACAUUGAUACUCCGUGACCUAUGCAUCACUCUUGUCCCACCUUCGUUUUGCAUGCCAUCACUUAAAACGAUGCAUCUCUUAUCUGUUACAUUCUCGGGAGGCGAGUCUGUUGAGAGUCUUUUAAGAAUCUGUCCUAAUCUUGAAGAUUUGGUUGUAAACAAAACAGAAGUAUUCGAUAGUAAUGAGUGUACUAUGAGUAGUUGCGGAACACUAAAAAGGUUGACGCUCAGUGAACUAACUAUCAAGGUGGUUCUGCCUUGGUUUCGCUUGCCAUUUCUCAAAGAUCUGGACCUUCUAUCUGUCAAGUUCUCGGGUGAAGAAUCCAUUGCAAGUUUCUUACCGAUCUGCCCUGUUCUUGAAUAUUUGGCUGUAGAGCAAACCAAAGACGACAGUGUGAUGUUCGAGGAUGUUCCGGUUUGGUUUUGUUUGCCAUCAUUAAAGGGUCUGCACCUUAUAUCGGUUAUAUUUUCGGGGGACGAAUCAUUUGCAAAGCUUAUACAAAGGUGCCCGGUUCUUGAAAUUCUGGUUAUAAACAGAACCAGAGAUGACAAUGUGGUGAUGUUCAACAUCGAUGCACCUUCUUUGAGGAGUUUAUCUAUCGAUAACUCGAAAGGGAAACGUGCUUACGUUGAGGAGAAUCAUGGGUUUGUGAUAAAUGCUCCUUGUUUGGAGAAAAUGGACUUUAAAGAUACAUUCAGUAACUUUCUAGUGUUUGAAGAUAUGCCAGAGGUGACAGAGGCGAAUAUCCAAGUUAUUUGUGGCCAAUCUGAGAAGUUCAUAGGGUCUCUUACCUCAAUCCGUCAUCUCUCUCUAUGUUCUCUGUCUUCAGAGACUCCAUAUCCUAGUGGCACUACCUUCCCUUAUCUUGAACAUCUAGAGCUGUGUACAUGUUCUGCUGGAUGGGCCAAUCUACUUGUUUGUUUACUCAAAGACGCUCCAAGACUCCAAUAUCUCAAGCUUAAGUCGGAACAUGGUGCCCGUUACAAUGAUCCGAUGAUCCUCUGGAAGGAACCAACAGUUGUUCCAGAAUGUUUAUCGACGCAUUUAGAGAUCAUGGAAUGGAGACAAUAUGAAGACACAGAGCAAGAGAGGAAUGUAGCUGCUUACUUACUAGCAAACGCUACAUGUUUAAAGAUGGCGAACAUUAUCAACAAGAUGUAG